AACAUUUGGGUGAAAGAUAGAGGCUCUACGGAAGAAACUGUUUUGUCACUAUUUCUAUAUUCUCUAAACAUCCCUGACUGUUGCAGCACACCGGGACUAAGCAUUCUAGAGUGUUUCGUGUUCAUUUAUUCGGACAUUUAAAGGAAACAGCGCUAAAUGAGUUGAGCGAAAGACGCGUACAGCAUCCUCUUGUCAGGUUGAGCUUCAUCCGAGUGGAGAGCUCACUGCACUUCAGCAGACUGGAGGCUUUCUAGAGCUGUGCACCGGAGUUUGACGGACACAUGUUAUUCUGCCUCUUGGAAGUACACGUAUAGUACUGAGGAACAGCUCUGAUAUAUCGAUUCGACCGGGUCGAGGACAGGAAAUUAUUUUAUUUUUUCUCUAACAACGCCGUUACGCAUGGUGGGAAUUUCUACCUCUUUUCAGUAUCGCACUGAGAAGCGCUCCACCAUGCCCGACUCACCUGCUGAUGUGAAAACACAGUCCAGGUUAACUCCGCCCACCAUGCCUCCUCCCCCCACCACACAGGGAGCUCCCCGGACCAGCUCCUUCACCCCCACCACAUUAACGAAUGGCACCAGUCACUCUCCCACCGCACUGAAUGGAGCUCCAUCUCCACCCAAUGGCUUCAGCAAUGGACCUUCAUCUUCCUCUUCCUCUUCGCUGGCCAAUCAGCAGCUCCCGCCGGCAUGUGGCGCAAGGCAGCUCAGCAAGCUCAAACGCUUCCUAACGACAUUGCAGCAGUUCGGCAACGACAUCUCACCUGAGAUAGGAGAACGAGUGCGCACGCUGGUGUUGGGGCUCGUGAACUCCACUUUAACCAUUGAGGAAUUCCACUCCAAACUACAAGAAGCGACCAACUUCCCUCUCAGACCUUUUGUCAUCCCAUUUUUGAAGGCCAACCUGCCGCUACUGCAGAGGGAGCUGGUGCACUGUGCUCGGCUGGCUAAGCAAAACCCGGCGCAGUAUCUAGCCCAACAUGAGCAGCUCUUGCUGGACACCAGUACCACCUCACCUGUCGACUCGUCUGAACUCUUGAUGGACAUCAAUGAGAAUGGCAAGAGGAGGACGCCUGAAAGAACCAAAGAGAACGGCUUUGAGCGGGAACCACUCCACCCCGAGCACCCCAGCAAGAGGCCGUGCACUAUCAGCCCGGGCCAGCGCUUCAGCCCCUCCAAUGGGCUCUCCUACCAGCCCAACGGCCUCCCGCACCCCACUCCGCCCCCUCCACAGCACUACCGCCUGGACGACAUGGCCAUUGCGCACCACUACAGAGACACUUACCGCCACCCCAACCACCGCGAGCUUCGCGACCGCCCUCGGCCUCUGGGGAUGCAUGGCAGCACACGUCAGGAGGAGGUCAUAGAUCACAGACUCACAGAAAGAGAAUGGGCAGAAGAGUGGAAGCACCUUGACCAUGUAAGAAAACUGCUGAACUGCAUCAUGGACAUGGUGGAGAAGACUCGUCGCUCUCUAACGGUGUUGCGGAGGUGCCAGGAGGCCGACCGGGAGGAGCUCAACUACUGGAUCCGUCGUUACAGUGAUGCUGAGGACCUUAAGAAGACCAGCAGCUCCAGCAGCAGUCAGUCCAGACAGCAAAGCCCCGCAGGCCAGGACAACAAUGCUUUAGACAUCCAUAGAGAGCUCCUUCACAGGCCAGCGUCUGGAUACGUACCUGAAGAGAUCUGGAAGAAAGCUGAAGAGGCUGUGAAUGAAGUGAAGAGGCAGGCCAUGUCUGAGCUGCAGAAAGCCGUGUCAGAGGCCGAGCGCAAGGCUCACGAGAUGAUAAGCACUGAGCGAGCCAAGAUGGAACGCACGGUGGCCGAGGCCAAGAGGCAAGCGGCGGAGGACGCACUGUCAGUCAUCAACCAGCAGGAGGACUCUAGUGAGAGUUGCUGGAAUUGCGGGCGCAAGGCGAGCGAGACCUGCAGUGGCUGCAAUACCGCACGUUACUGUGGUUCCUUCUGUCAGCACAAGGACUGGGAAAAGCACCACCAUGUAUGUGGCCAGACUCUUCAGGCGCAGCAGCAGGGCGAGACCCCUGCCACCGUCAGCUCUUCAGCGACACCCAGCAGUGGCGCCGGCAGCCCUGCGGAUACGCCGUCCGUCGCCACUCCCCGCUCGGCCACACCCGGCACGCCCUCCGCCAUAGAGACCACGCCGCGCUAGAGUGGAUGCUUCAACCUACUGGAGACUGACUCACCUGCCUCACUCGCUCAAAGAUGCUAAUGCUAGUGCGCUAACAAAGAAACAAGACUGUACUUAAGGUGAUCACCCACAGGAGGUCCAUUUCAGGUCAUAUUGACUUGCCAUGAUAGAAAACACAAAGAUAUUCUUUGUUUUUAAAUGCUCAUUGUUCUUUAUUGUUACUACAGCUAUUAUUGAUCACUGUUGGUAAUGUUGUUUCUUGUUGUUGUGGCUCUCGUACAUUCUUGUAAAUAUGACGAAAAGAGAAAUGGAGUAGACAGCUAAGACCUCUCGAUGAGUAUAUUUGACCUCCCCUUUCGUUUUUACGUUCUCAAAGCUCUUUAUCCGGUAGCUGGGAUAUGAAACUAUUUGACCUCAUUAAAAGACACUUUAUUAAACAACAAAACCAAGGAAAUACUUCAUACAAGCUUAUUUAAGCAAAGAUACAAAUAUGAUUCUUUGUAAAGAAGACAACAAACGUUGUUGAGGAAAAAAACAUGCCAUGAAGGGCAUCUGUGUUGAACAUAGUGGAGUAGACGAUGGACGAAUUAUGUCUCUCUCAUUGAACUCUACAGACCCUCAACGGAGCAUGCAGAUUUGCAGCAGAUUGUGAAGGAACACAGCUGUUCAUCCCUCUUGCUUUUUUUUCUGAACUUCUGCAACAUAAUAUCCAGGUCAAUGGUCUGAGAAAUACAAAGCUGUUUCACUGAGGAAUGUAAGGGUGAGGAGGAACGUGAGCACGCCUUUGUUGGAUUUGAGUACCACAUGGCAUAAUGAAGGAUGCGCACUGAGCCUCGAUCCCAAAUGCACUCCAUCAGCUCCCAAACAGGAUGUGAAGUCAUCAGCCCACCAUAAAAGGACUGUCAGAGACUCACAAUGACAGCCGCUGGAAAAACAAAGGGCUGAGAAAUUACCCAUAAAUUACAGGCUAGUUCCUGGCCAUUGGAGCCAGUCCAGACCCCUCUCCUGUCCUGCCUAUCUCUAUAACCCUGCCAUCAAUCCUUGUUUUUUGCUUCUUUCCCCCCCCCCCUCCUAGAUCUCAUUGUGUUAAACACUUUGUCUCCUGUGCAGUCUCCAAUGGUUAUUUAUUGAUGUAUAUGUGCUGGACAAUUGUGACAAUGCAUAAUAGUUUAAACCAGUCACAUUGUUCUAGUAUUUCUAGGUGCAACAACAUAUUUUCUCUUGUUUUUUCUCUCUCUCACACUCUCGCAAGCUGCUUUUCUAUUCGUACAUGUUUGUGGUAGUCCCCUUGUAGUUCUCGAAAAAGAAGGCAAACGCUUUUUUCCCAUUGUCCUCAAAAGAAGACAAACGCUAUCUCUCAGAGCUGCUACUUCAGUCUCAUUCAGAUCUCUUUCUGAGAACUAGCAUGUUACAUGGAAUGCUAACAUUAAUGUUUUUGUACAUGGGACGUACAUACAGUAAAUGUAUUUGCACUGUCACUGUUUCUCACGGCAUGCUUUUUUUGGCAGUUUUUCCUGUAGGGAGCCUCACUUCAUGGGUUAUCUUUGGAGUGCUUCGUUACAUGUCUGUGAUUUUCAUUUCUUGUUUAAAAAAGUGGGGAAAAAAAAAAAAAAAAGAAGAAAAUGGAAAAAAAAAUAUACAAAACAGAGGUAUCACAAUCUGCUUUGGUUAACUUUUUAUUUUCUAAACAUAAUGGCAAAAAGUCAUAACUUUUGCUUUGAAUAGUUAAGGACAGUGCAUGCACAUGCAUACUGAACGCUAUGGUAUAUGUUGUUUUGUUUUUUACCAAAAAAAAAAAAAAAACAUAGAAAAAUGUACAAAAAAAGACACUAAGAAACUAACUUUCCAAAUGCAGAGGUGACAAACAGACAGCUUUAACACUGCAGAGCACCAGGAUACACAGUAUUACAAAAGAAUUAACAUGGAAGACAGCCAAAGACAGACAUGAAGGACCAAAACCUGAUUUUAUCCAAGAUGUAAAACAUGACAAAAGAUAUUCACUCAAAUGCAUUCUUGUUUUAUCUAAGUGUUUAUCAGGGGAAGCCACAUUGAGCAAUGUUUCCAUUUUGAAAACCUUUAACUCUCCCCUGUCCUGAGCCAAGACCAGCCCUGUUCAGCUCGUAGGGAGGAGAAGCCACUUAAAAACCAUGUAGCAUUUCCUGAGGAAAGAGGGUUCACAUAUGAAUGAGGUGGUCUUGAACGAUUGAGCAAUAAUCAAAGGUGGAUCCCAUAUCUCGAUCCUUAAGGGCAAGGUUUUCUGUGAAAUACUUAACAACAAUUUCAUCUUUGUUGUUUUUCUAUACCUAUCAUUCUCAAAGAAAGAAUGUCACCCCAAAAUGCUGUACUCUGAAUAGCCCAACGAAGCUGUUCGUGUUCAUAAACGACGCAUAACCAAACAUUUAAGUGUUUCAGCUCAUGAUAUAAAGCCAUGUAAGAAACUAAACAAACUAAACAAAACAACCUCGUUAAUGGCUAAAGAGGAAGAGGGGACUAGAAGAGCACAUAGCUGCACACAUACAGCUCGCAAUUCCUGAACCAGGGUGCUAAAGGCUGUGCAUUUGGUCUCUUAGGAUGCUAUGGUUAAAUAAUCCAAAAGUAAAAGGUGUAAGACACCUGUCCACAACUCCACAGAACCUGCCAGCUAAGCUGUCUUGAAACACUUGUGUACUAUUUUUGAAAAAUGUAUACAAUUAGUGUAGUGAGUUUAAUCAGGGCAACUUGAAUAAAAUAAGCAUGGGCAAAGCAUUAAGAAACUCCUUGAAGGCUCUUUCUCCCCUUUUCCCACUUCUAGUACGUCUGUUUUGCUACAAUCUUUUUCCUCGGUGGCAAAAAGUCUCACUCUACCUCUGAGCAUGUUAGGAGCACCAGUCGCUGAUUGGACACUGGUCUAGUCAAACCAAAUGGGCACAAGAGAACAGGACUUAAACCCAAAGGUAAAAGCUCAUACAGCUGCAAACCAUAUCACUACUUGGUAACAAUGCAGACCUCAUGAGAAAAAAAAAAAAAAAAAAAAAAAAACUUAAUGAAUAGAAUACUUAUGCUAAAAAAUGAGAAAAAAAAAAACUUUUUUUACAUUCCUUUGUUUGUCUCUUGUAUGAGAUCACUUUAAGUGUCACAACUCAAAGUAAAAAAAUACGAUGAUUUUAGAGUGUUGGCAUCUUUUGAUAUACACUAUAAUUCGAUAAAUUGUCAAAGAUGAGAGAUGUGAUUUCAUAUUGCCCUCUUCUCCUGCACCCCCUUUUUCCCCCAUUUUGUCCUCUGUUGUGAGACCUGCAAGGCUGCUCAGUGUCGUUUAGGCUCAUGUUUAUAAGGGAUUUGUACAGAGCAUGAGCAAAAUGGAACGACUGGUGAAAUUGCGCAUGCCUCUUGUACUUGCGGGGGUUUUUUUCCGGUUUGUAAAGUGAAUAAAACUUUGGGAUUAUAAAGGGACAGUGAAAACACAAAGUGAAAUUAAUUGGGUGGGUUGGGUUCAGGGACGGGCGGUCAUAGGGUUCUUUGAAAUCUUUAUUGUGAAAAUAAAACUCAUGAAAGUCGUUGUGCAAUACUUAACUGAAACAUGAACCACAGGUUAAAUGUGUGGACUAGGAGGGUGUGGUCCCUAAUCACACUUUUUCAGUGUACUCUAGGGUUUUUUGAGUCUACUAUGUCAGAACUGUGGUUUCUUGUUUAAUCUGUUUUCUUUAUUUUAUCCUCUCAUUUUUUGGGGGCUUUAGUACAUGGUCUGUCAGUCUGUGAAUCUUUGCAGUAUGAUUCUGGUAUUGUUGUACUCUUUACUGUGUAAUAAAUAUGUUCAUACCUGCAUUGGAGACUGUUGGUUUU